CGACGCGAUGCUGACUCGGCAUGGUGGCUUGCUUGCUAUUGUCUUCCGGGCAUGCUGACGUGGCAGAUGCCACAUGUCGCUGCUGACGUGGCGGCUGCCACAUGUACAUUUGCUGACGUGGCUGGGAUUGCUGUUCUGAUUCAUCGUCACUCAGGAGGAGAUCAUGACUGUGCUGUAAUCGUGGACACGUACCUGGUUAUCUUGAGGUCGACAUUGCUCCAUUCUGCCGCCGCCGCUGCCGCCGCCACCACCGCCGCCGGCAGAAGCCGCGGGAAGAGGUAUCAUCGCCACGUGGCAAAUGUUGAGCUAUCGGCGGGUGCGCCGACGACUUCCACGAAAGCGAGCGCCAACGGUGUGGUGGCCGCUGAUCACGAUGACCUCGGCAAGAGCGGGAAAGGCGCCGCCGCCUCCGCCUCCUCUGUUCUACCCAUCGCCGUGGCCUCCGACCGCUCCUCUUCUUCCGCGGAUAUGGAGAAGAACGGGGCGGGGACGGUGGCGGCGAAGCUGAAGCGUGUGACGCUUCCCUCCCUCUCUCCGUCUACUAUGGUGGAGGAGGAGUGGGUGGCGGAGGAACUGCGCGCCAAUGGGCAAAUGGGCACGAGGAAGACGAAGCUGAUAUGCACGAUAGGUCCGGCGACCUGCUCUGCCGAGCAGCUGGAGGCGCUGGCGCUGGGCGGCAUGAACGUCGCACGACUUAACAUGUGCCACGGCACGCAUGAUUGGCAUCGACAGGUCAUUCAGACCAUAAGAACACUGAACAAGGAGAAGGGAUUAGCGGUGGCGGUGAUGAUUGAUACGGAGGGCAGCGAGGUACACAUGGGCGACUUGAAGGAAUCGCCGGUGAAGGCGUCGGACAACGACGUGUGGACUUUCAGUGUGCGGCAGUUUGUCGGCCCUCUGCCGCCCAACACGUUGAUGGUGAACUACGAUGGCUUCGUCGAUGAUAUCAUGGUGGGAGACGAGAUCGUGGUGGACGGAGGUAUGUCGCGAUUCGAGGUCAUUCAAAAGAACGGUCCCGACGUGAUAGGUAGAUGUACGGAUCCCGGUCUCCUGCUGCCACGUGCCAAUCUUACCUUCUGGAGGAAUGGUCAAUUACUCAGAGAGAGGAACUCGAUGCUGCCAACCAUAACCUCCAAGGAUUGGAUAGAUAUUGAUUUCGGGAUUGCAGAGGAGGUAGACUUCAUCUCGGUGUCGUUUGUGAAGUCAGCGGAUGUGAUAGUCAAUCUGAAGAGAUACAUCGAGACGAAAUCGCCGAAACGACCGGUCGCAGUCGUGGCAAAGAUAGAGAGUGUAGAGUGCUUGUCUCAGCUGGAGGACAUCAUAGGAGCAUCGGACGGUGCGAUGGUGGCGCGGGGGGACUUGGGAGCGCAAAUAGCGCUUGAGAGAGUGCCAGCUGUCCAGCAACAGGUGGUUCAGCUUUGCCGCCAACUGAACAAGCCUGUGAUCGUAGCCUCUCAGCUGCUUGAGUCGAUGAUCGAGUACCCGACCCCGACGCGCGCGGAGGUGGCGGACGUCGGGGAAGCUGUGCGUCAGAAUGCCGACGCGCUGAUGCUCAGCGGGGAGUCGGCCAUGGGGAAGUAUCCCAUGAAAGCUCUCGAGGUUCUCGCAAGCGUGAGCACUCGGAUUGAGAACUACAGGCACGAAGAUGACGACGACGACCUUGUUCAUCUCACCAGACUGUCUUCUGAGCCGUCGGAUCGCAUCAGCGAAGAAGUGUGCAUCGGUGCCACGCAGAUUGCCAAUAAUCUCGACGUCGAGGCGCUGUUCGUGUACACGAGGUCGGGACAGAUGGCAUCCCUACUCUCUCGUUGCCGUCCUAACUGCCCAAUCUUCGUAUUCACUGACAGUCAGGUCGUCAGACAACGCCUCAGUCUCUAUUGGGGUCUGAUACCCUUCCGCCUGCGAUUAUCAGAGGACAUGGAGACGAACGUAACGAGAACGUUCGCUCUGUUACGUAAGAGAGGAUUCAUGAAGCCUGGGGAUAUGGUGGUCAUGGUGUCUGACCUCUGCGCGCCGGGGCAAAGAGAAAUCCUUCAGUCGGUACAGAUCAGGAAAGUAUCGUGAAGGAAGGGAAGAGAAAUUGUACGGAAGAGGAAAACUCUCUCUCUCUCUCUGUCUGCGUCUGUCAUUUUCUCUCAAUCGAGCCCCGUAGAUUGGGCAGGCGAUGUGGUUGGACGUCAUCUGCAGCGCGCUCUGCCGGGGGCAAGAAGAGAACAGACAAAGACGUAGUCUUCUUCAGUCGGUUGACAUCAACAAUUACAUUAGGGAGGCUUCGUCGCGAAAGAGAAAACACAUCUUCACAAUCAAUCCAGCGCUCCUUCACAAUCGAUCCAGAUGUAACUACGCACAUCGUUGUCGUCAUCAGUGCAGGAUCAUCACCUUUUUCUCCCUCGUAUUGCCCUGGAGUCGAGAUUGGAGUACGGCAAUAAAAAUACCUGAGCUGCUGAUUCCAUCGUCUUUUUUUUUUUUGUUGUUUUCUGUUGACGACUCCUUUAUUUCCUUGGUUCGUCUACUCUUUUCCUCUCGUCGAGCUGCUGCGGACUGUCGCGUGAUUCCGUAGAACUCAUUGCGUACGGACAGUGGCGCGGUGACGUACAAGUGGGUUAUGUACGGACGACGAAAGUGGUGAUUUAGGAUUUGACCAUGCAUGAGUAUAGCUCCUUUUUUUUCUUUCUCAUUUCUAUCUGUUGCUCUCCCGCCGUGGGCGCGUAUCCUGGCGCCCUUAUCGCUCUUUUUUGCUCGUUUUUGCCAAUCCUGGAUGCAUAAAAGCUACUUUCUGGCUUGAUGCAUGUUUCUGGAUAUGGUUGUGACCGUUGACGUGAAUCGCUGGAUACUGUCAAGACUAAGAUGCUUGUGUAUUUUCUCCGUGUGGAAGCUGUGUGCGCUUCUGUUUGCUCUCUCGUUUCCGUUGCUCCGCUGCCGUUCGGCCAUCUGCGUCCUUCAACGUCACUGCCCUCCCCUCUGCACGAGGCUUGUCGUCUUCCACGUGUCAGCAGCUAUUGUGCACGCCUGGUUCUUCUUGUUCUGUGCAUGGGGUUUGUCGUCUUCCACGUGGCAGCAGCUAUUGUGCACCCCUGGUUCUUCUUGUUGUCUUAAGUCUCAGCCGCAACGUCACUGCCCCCCUCUGCAUGAGGUUUGUCGUCUUCCACGUGGCAGCAGCUAUUGUGCACGCCUGGUUCUUCUUGUUCUCUGCAUGAGGUUUGUCGUCUUCCACGUGGCAGCAGUUAUUGUGCACUCCUGGUCCUUGAUGUCUCAAGUUUCAGCCCCAACGUCACUGCCCCCCUCUGCAUGAGGUUCGUCGCCUCUCUAACGUAGCAGCAGCUGUGCUGCACGUGCACGCCUGAUUCGUCUUGUUCUGUUAGUGCGAGCCGUUUGCUGUGUACUCGAGCCUCGCUCUCGUCUCUACCACGUGGCAGAACUGUCUGCUAUAGUCGCCGUCGUUCUCCUACGGGGCAUUGUUCGCCCAUGUGGCAGCAGCAUGCUUGGGCUCGUUUCGUCCUUGUGUACUCUGCUGUGCGCUUGAAGUCCGUCGCCCUUCCUUCCACGUGGUAGCUGUGUGAUUUAGUCGUCGCGACCGUCUUCUUGCGUCGCAGGAUAUAGUUCGCCCACGUGGCAGCAGCAUGCAUUGGGCUC